AUGGCCGAAAUCGCCUCUUUGAGGGAUCGGAGCUCUGGUGGGACCGUCGAGGAAUUCAUCUUCACCGCGGGGCCGCAAGCUCAACUUCCAACCAUGACGGCAAAACUAGACAAGGAAUUGAGCUCUAAACUUGAGGAGUUCAACAAAUCAGUUGCCGCCACCGCGGACGAGGUCAUCUUCCGCGUAUUCCCUUCCAAGAUUUUGUACGAUACAUUGACGUUUGCACAGAUGCUAAGUCUGACGCCGCCAUAG